AUGGCCGAGGAGCCGUGGGGGAAGCUGCUGGCUUUCCCGGCCUUCCAGGCCGUGUGUCCCGCCGGCUACAGCUACGGCUACGGCGGCGGCUCCGGCGGGCUGCGCCGCCUCCGGGAGCGCGAGUUCCCGCGGCUCCGAGGGAUUACCUACCUUGACCAUGCGGGCUCAGCACUUUUCCCGGAGAGUCUGCUUAAAGCUUUCACCGAUGACCUCAGAGACAAUGUUUAUGGCAACCCUCAUAGUCAGAAUAUCAGCAGCAAGCUGACAUAUGACACAAUUGAGCAUGUCCGAUACAGAGUAUUGCAACAUUUCCACACUACUGCUGAAGAUUACACUAUCAUUUUCACUUCUGGAUGCACAGCUGCACUUAAACUGGUAGCAGAAGCAUUCCCUUGGAUACCUGAAGGUACAAAGCAGCCCAGCAGUCGAUUUUGUUACCUAACUGACAGCCACACGUCUGUUGUGGGUAUGAGGGGGAUAACUGCCUCAAUGAAUGUUUUAUCUGUUCCAGUAAAACCAAAGGAAAUGUUGUUAUCAGAGAAAAACAGGUUAGCACCUGAAGACAAAAGCUGCACGACACCUCAUCUUUUCUCUUAUCCAGCUCAGAGCAAUUUUUCUGGUAUCAAAUAUCCCCUUUCAUGGAUACAGGACAUAAAAUCUGGAAAACUCUGCCCCAUCAAAAUACCAGGGAAGUGGUUUGUUCUACUAGAUGCAGCUUCUUACGUAAGCACUUCUCCGUUAGACUUAAGAGUUCACCAAGCUGACUUCAUUCCCAUCUCAUUCUAUAAAAUCUUUGGAUUCCCUACUGGGUUAGGAGCGUUACUGGUAAACAACCGGAUUGCCCCCUUCUUGAGGAAAACCUAUUUUGGAGGUGGAACUGCAGCUGCCUACCUUGUAGGAGAGGAUGUUUACUUCCCACGAAAAUCUGUAGCAGAAAGGUUUGAAGACGGCACAGUCUCUUUUCUUGAUAUCAUUGCUCUGAAACAUGGAUUUGAUGUUCUGGAAAGACUCACAGGUGGAAUGGAGAACAUAAGACAACAUACAUUUGCAUUAGCUCACUAUACUUACACUGUGCUGUCUACCUUAACAUAUGCCAAUGGGGCACCUGUAGUACGUAUUUACAGUGAUACAGAUUUCAGCUGUCCUGAUGUCCAGGGUCCAAUCAUUAAUUUUAACAUGCUGGAUGAAAAUGGAGAGGUGAUCGGCUUUUCUCAGGUGGACAAGAUGGCCAGUCUCUACAACAUACAUGUCCGCACAGGUUGCUUCUGUAACACGGGAGCCUGCCAGAUGCAUGUAGGUAUAAGCAAUGAGGACAUCCGAAGAAACCUGCAGGCUGGCCACGUAUGCGGAGAUGAUAUAGACCUGAUUGAUGGACAUCCCACUGGUUCUGUGAGAAUAUCAUUUGGCUACAUGUCUACUUUUGAAGAUGCACAGACUUUUCUGAAGUUCAUCAUAGCCACCAGAUUCUCCAAGUCAGACACUGAGAUUCCGUUCCACUCUUCCUUUACAAAGCUGUCAACAGAGUCUAUUAGAUCCCCAGUUCAGGAUGACUACCCUUCCUGUAAUAAUGCAAAUAAACUGGCUCCAAUAAUGCCUAUCUUAGACAGAGACCGCUGGGAUAAUUCAUCUGCAACAAUGAAGACUGUCAGUUGGCAGCCACCUGAGACCGAGUCGGAAAGCAUAAGGGCAGCUGUUUCUGAAACUGCAGUACCGAUAUGUAGAAGAGGUGGCAAACCCAUUGCUGUCACCAACAUUUACCUGUAUCCAAUCAAAUCAUGCUCUGCAUUUGAGGUUGCAGAAUGGCCAGUAGGAAACCAAGGUUUGCUGUAUGACCGUAACUGGAUGGUUGUAAAUCAGAAUGGAGUUUGUAUUACUCAAAAGCAGGAGCCAAGGUUGUGUCUUGUAAAUCCCUCCAUUGAUCUGAAGCAGAAUAUUAUGGUCAUUCAGGCAGAAGGCAUGGACCCGAUAUCAAUAUCGCUAGAAGAAAAUACUGGAAAAAAGGCUGUGAUCUGUGAGAGUAAAGUCUGUUCACACAGGGUAAAAACAUAUGACUGCGGGGAGCAAAUUGCUGGCUGGUUAUCUACAUUUCUUGGUCGUUCAUGUCGCUUGAUAAGGCAAAGUUUGGACAUAAAAAACAAUGGGCAUCAGAAAAAUACAAAAGGCCUGGCAUCUGCUACAAGUCUCUCGCUCUCUCUUGUGAAUGAAGCACAAUACCUCCUGAUAAAUGUAGCAAGCAUUUUGCACUUGAAGGACCAUAUUUCUGCAAGACUGGAAGAACCGUUGGAAAUAGAGGAACUAAUCCGACGCUUUCGUGCUAACCUUGUCAUCAGUGCUCCAGAAUCCUUUGAAGAAGAAGAAUGGGCUGAGAUUUCAAUAGGUUCUCUGCGCUUUCAGGUUGUGGGUCCAUGUAGCAGAUGUCAAAUAAUCUGCAUUGACCAGCAGUCUGGAGAACGAAACAAAGAAUUUCUGCAGUCUCUGUCUGCGGCCAGAGGUAGAAAGACAAACUUUGGUAUAUACCUGAUGAACCAGCCCUUGUGCUCAUCCUUUCCAGAUAUUUUAUCUGUCGGAUCUCACGUACUUCCAGUGUUGAAGGAGAAUCCUGAAAUUCAACCCCCACCAUCCAGUGAAGAAAAAUGUUCAGGAUAGAUUAUCUAGCAGAGAUGAGCCUUACGUGCAAUACUAGGGAAAAAAUAAGUAGUCAGUUAUUAAAAAAAAAAGAAAGAAAGAAAAAUCUUCCACUGAUUUACUUCUGGCUUGAGUCUUUUAAUUUUCUGUUUGUUGUAAAUGAUACCAGAUGCCAGUACCCUUGAUAAUUACACCUUGUCUACAUGUUUGUUCUUAUGAUUAAGUUAGAGCAACCAUAACUCUUUUUUGCUCAAUUGCUUUAGGAUGCAACAGGUUUGAUCAAGUUUUACUGGAGGGUGGAUGUCUCCCAAAUCAAGCCCAGCACUGAUAUCAGAAACCCACAUCUCAAUGAUGGAAAGUAAACAAAACAAUACACUACUAAGAUUGUUUUGUUAAAAACACUUAAGGGAGAGAGGAUGCAGGACUUGCUUUAGAAACAGUGUGGGUGGGAGAAGGAGGAUGGAUGACAUGAGGACAUGAGGCUAGCAGUUCUUUCAGUGUUUCAAAAAUUAAAUUGAAGGUGGAGUAGAGACAAUCUGAAAGCACAGGAAAAGAGAGAACUGGUAAUGGGAAAUCAGUAUCGCCUUCCUAGGAAGGGGUGUGUGUGAGGAUGCCAAAAAGGUGCAAAGAUCAAUGAAGAAUCAAUAUGCCAUUUGCAAAACACAUUGUCUGUAAAGUAAUUUUGUCCAUUUGUUCUGGCCUUUUUUUUCUUCCUCUGCUGCUGCUUUUAUACCGUUUCCCACAUUCCCAUCUGUUUUGGGUUGGUUGUUUAAAACAAAUCACAGACUUGUUUACUUGGUUAUUUGUAGAUAUUAAUGCAAUUUUUUCCUAGUUAGUAAUUUAUGAACUAAUACAACCUCAUUUCAGUAAAAACUUUGUUUAUCCUCAGUAGUCUCUAGUGGCCAAAAUACUGAGACAGCCCCUCGACUCUAGAAGUUCAGAUACUUCUCCCCCUCAAACAGGUCAAAAUGCGCUCUUUUUUAUUUUUUUUUCCCUGCUCUUCUUGAUAGUUUUUGAGCAUUUGAUAUUUUCAUUUUUACAAGGCCUUUGAUUUCUCUUCUCCCCUAAACAAGACCCAUGCUUUCUGAUAUCUGAGAGCAAAUGUCUGAAGUCCAAGACUUAGCCUGGAAAAUCAGUUCUCCAGAAAAUAAAUAAAUAAAUGAAACCACCCCACAGCAAAAAACAUAUGGAAAGUCAGUGUAAUGCAAGACUGAACACACUGAGGCCAGGUGUUUUCUGACCCCCAACAUUUAUCCAGCCAGGUCCAAGGCAGUUCUGUGCUUUCAGGAAGUCCUCCUGUUGAUCUAGCUGGUUGCUCUCCUGCCACUUGGCAAGUGAAAUUUUGGCCCAUUAAAAGCACUGUCAGAACUCUCAUCCAGCAUGAUUUAAGUCUUCCUUGGGGCAAUUUUGGCUCAAAUUGUGUGAAAGUGCUUCUGGCUGAAGCAGUCUUCAAGUUGUUUGAAUUUUGAGUAGAACCCUGAAGACGAACAGGCAGUCAUUCUGAAAAGAAAGCGAUUGCCGCAGAGUAAUGUGCAAUGGGAAAGUGCAUCACCCGGCAUGUGAAUCAGAUUUCAGAAAAUAUUCUUUUCUUUUUUCUUUUCUC